UGAAAAUUUAAUAAAAUAUUAUUGUUUCACGAUCGAUUCAAGAUUAAAAUUAAAGUUUACGACAUAUUAUAAAUCUAAGGUAGUCCGUAGGUUUACUGAAAAUUGUAGUUUAUUAUUUAUAAUGUCAAUCAUUUCGUUUAAAGGAUUUAGUUAUGCUGGUAAAAUUGUUAAAGUACCGAUUGUUCAGUGUUUUUUAGCACGAAAUGCUUCGAUUAAAAAUGAAGUGCAAGACAUUGAUGUUGUCACCACCACCGCGGAGAAAGCUUUAUCCGAACAGGAAAUUAGAGCAAUUUGUGACAAGUCUCGAUUGAACCAUGGUCAUCGCAAUUUGAUUAAUGGUCGAGUACCUUAUGACGAGCCCGUACAUAGAUACCACAAUACAGUGAAAUACAAAAGAAAAAUGUAUGGGCGGUAUGGGGAUGCUAGUAAUGUUUCGCCUGGCUUGGCAUGGCCAACUGCCGAAGACUUGGAUGAUAUAAGAGAAUAUGAAAGUAUAGCCUAUCCGUUGACUAUUCAAGAGAUGCAAAAAAAUGCAUUGGACCUUAUAGAAAAGGAACGUCAAGAAAUUCAAGAGAAUCAGCAAAGAAUUGAUAACAAUAUGAAGAAAUUAAAUGGUUGGUUAAGAGAAGUCAAAGAAAAGUCAGAAAAAAAAUUACUUGAGGCACAACAAGCUAAAGAUAAGAAAGAAAAACUUAUUGAAGAAGUGAAAAAACAUUUUGGUUAUAAGAUAGAUCCAAAAGAUGAUAGAUUUAAAGAAAUGCUUGCCAAGAGAGAAAAAGAAGAGAAGAAGAAAAUCAGAGAAGAAAAGAAAAAAGUCCGUGAAGAAAAACUUCUGAAUUAUUUAGACUCAAAAGCAAAAUAGAAAAUAUUUGUAAAAAAAAAUGUUUUGAUUAUUUUCAAUGUAAUAUAUUAUAUAUAUACACAUUAAUUAAA